GUGACGUUCACAUGUGGGCGUGUGCGUUAUGAACGUCAACAAAAGAGAAAAGGAGAAGGGGACAGACUAAACGCUACAGCAGAAGACAACAGAUAUGUGGAUUUAACCUGCAAUAACAGCGAAAAUACUGUGGUGAAAACAGAUCACUUGCUCCAGUGCCAGCUGAGAGAUGGAUGCCUUCAAGCUGAUGAAGGAGCUGAGGAUGAAUUAUGAGCAGGAGGUUUAUUAUCUCCCUAAAGAGACGGGGCUGAGCCUCAUCGAAUCCACCACACAGAAUGACUGUCGGAUCUCGGCCAAGUGCAGAGAUGCCAAAGUGGAGGACCUGUGGAGUCUGACCAGCUUCUUCGGUUACACCACGCAGACCUUUGUCCUGGCUGUUAACCUGCUGGACAGAUUCCUGGCCAUGAUGAGGGUCCAGCCGAAGCACCUGUCCUGCAUCAGCCUCAGCUGCCUCCACAUGGCAGCCAAAGUGACGGAGGAGGAGUGCAACCUAACCCCCACUGACGAGCUCAUCCGCAUCGGACAGUGCAGGUUCACCGUGUCCGACCUCAGCCGCAUGGAGAAGAUCGUUGCAGAGAAGCUCAACUUCAAGUCCAAACCCAUCACUGCCUUAACCUUUCUGCACUUGUACCACCAGCUGGCACUUUCACACUCCACAGACAGGAAGGAGACUCUGAACCUUGAGAAGCUGGAGGCUCAGCUCAAAGCCUGUCUGUGCCGGAUCUCCUUCUCUAAAGCAAAGCCGUCCGUCCUAGCCUUGUCUCUCUUAAGGCAGGAGAUCGAAGCCAUUCAGUCAGAGGACAUGUCAGAAAUUGCCUAUCACAUCCAGAGACACUUAAAGAUUGCGGACAGCGAGCUGCUGCUGUGGAGUGAGCGUGUGGCUCUGUGUCUGUCGGACUACGCCUCCCCUGAAUGCAGCAAACCCAACCACAGGAAGCUGCAGUGGAUUGUGUCGCGACGGACUGCCCAGAACCUGCACACCUACCGCAGCGUCCCCGAGCUGCCCACCAUCCCAGAGGGCUCCUGGGAUGAGAGCGAGAGUGAGGAUUCAUGUGAGGAUGUGAUGAGUUCAGGUGAGGAGUCUCUCAGCAGUUCUCUGGGCAGCGACGCUGAAGGGCCCUUCUUCCCUCUGCACCUCCGCCGCCAAAAACACCGCCAACACCUCAACGCCUAAUACCUCCGCCGCCAUCCUCGCUCCAACUUCUUUUAAUUUAUUGUUUAAUAAGCUCCAGUGGUAAAGAAUCACACAACUGGCAGCUCAACAGUCCUGACCCUUCCUGGUAGAUUUGGUAGAUUUGAGUUUGUAGACGGUGCAUGUUGAAAUGUCACAUUCCAAGAUUUUAAGGAUAUACUAGCGAUGUUAGAUGAACUUUGGUCGACUCAGUGCAGCGGCUGGCCUUGAAGGUGCUGAGCUAGCAUACACUGCAAUCUGAUAAAACCAAAUCUCAGAGCUGAGACAUAAUUUGAGACCAGGAACAGUUCAUGUUGUUGACAAGAAGAUAAUUUGCCAAAAUGUGGUGUUUAUUAGAAUGUUUGACUGUUAUUAAUCUAAGACUGUUUUUAUUGGUGAGGAGGAGUUUUCCUACAGAAGCUGAGAGUGGACAUAAUCAAUCUUAUUAUCUAAAGAUGACAAGUAAUGCGAUUUUUGGUGCUCAUAUUUAUAGUUUAAGAUUGUUAUUCAAUUUAUGUACAGUCCAGUUUGGGUAGGUUUCCCACGGAUCUGUCUGGAUAACAGGGUAAAAAAACGAAAUCUUAGAUAAUUGCAGCUGCUCUCAUCUUCUGUAGUAAUGUUUCAUUUGCACUUUUUUUAAAAUGUCAUUUUAAUAGUUAAAAUGGGCAGACUGGAGGUUUGAGUUUGUGUCCGACGGGAAACUGAUGUGUCAGAUAUUGAGCUUGUGUUCAGUCGGCAGCAGGGAGAGAGAUCUGAAUCAGCUCAAACAGUUCUGAGUCUUCCUUCAGAUUUAAACAACAACAGCGCUCCGAUAAAAACAUUUAACAAG